AGAGAGGUGCGCCUCGCCGGUCAUCGUACGGGUGUAUGCGUGCACGCCUGCCCUCGCCAACACGCGGCAACGAUGAGACAUUGGCAAAGAUGAAACAAUCUCCGGAGAGAAAAGGAUGAAGCUUCUUCAUUUAAAGAUCAGAUUCAGAAUGUCAAAGGAUAGCGCACCGUCAUUUCCUCAACCAAAGGCAAGGAAAUUAAGUCUCGAGUUUAAGAUCGGAAACACGUCGAUCAGCCGAGGCGCGGUUCCGUCGGGAAAUCGAAGGGAAGAACCGCACGCUAGGCUGACUGGGAGGAUCGUUUCGUGGGACAUGGCUUAAUUCACGACAAGUGGGAGACAGGUGGAGGAGCUACCAUCCUCGGGUCUCAGGAUUCCGAGAACGCGGAUGGUCGCCGAGAUUUCCUACGACGUUGGAAGUAAUCACGAGUGGUGUCGGGUGGUGUGUUCGUGAUCUAAGGGGGGGGCUCAGUGGCUGUGAUCGUGGUGUUGUGUCGGGGAUCAGUGUGUCGUCGGUGAAGAGUGGUGAAAGGUAUAUCGAGUUACGCGUCUCAGCUACGCGAGUAAGAAUUAACGACAGGGGCAAGUGUGGUGAAGAGAAAUCAAGGUGGAUAAGGUGUACACACGAUAACCAAGAAGUGGAAGACGCGAGGAAGAAAGAGAAAGAGAGAGAGAGGAGAGAGAAAAGAGAUACGGCUGGGAUAUAUCGCGAAUUACCCUUGUCGAGCGAGAGUAGAAGCGAGAGAGUGAGUGAUGUGUUCGAUGGACGAGGCGCGUCUCGCGGGCGGUGGUCGGGGUAAUGAUAACGCGUGUAGUCACGCGCGCUACCACUACUAUUACUUGGUAUCCAAAGUGAGAAACGGUGGGCAGUCGGUGACCAGGCUGGCGGGCGCCGGGGAAACGUUUCCAAGGGCAUGGCGACCACGCCACUAGGCGGUCGCCUCCCUAACGUAAACCGUAAAGGACCAUCUCCGUGCAUCGGUGGUGGUGGUAUUAGUAGUAAUAAUAGUAAUAGUAACAGUGGUGGUAACGGCAGCAACGGCAACACCAGCAACGGUAACAGCGGCAACAACAACAACAACAACAACAACAACGGCUUAAGUAAUAACAACUUUAGCGGCGGUCAGUCAAGGAGGCAAGAGAGAGCACUGAUCGGCAGGGAACACCGCGAUCAUCGUCACCAUCACCAUCACCAUCAUCACCACCAUCAUCACCAUCAUCAUCACCAUCAGAAUCGGGACAAGUCAUCAUUAUCAUCGUCGUCGUCGUCGUCGUCGUCGUCGUCGUCGUCGUCGUCGUCGUCGUCGUCAUCAGGCCAGCAGCGUGAGUCUAAUAAAAUAAGCACAGUGGCUGCUAACAUCGGUGAACUGGAUCCGGCCGCGACGAAUGCGACCAAUAACUUUGAGUACGACGACAACGAAUGGGACAUUGGCAUAGGUGACCUGAUAAUCGAUCUUGAUGCGGACAUUGAGAAGACGAGGGACGAGAAAUUGAGCUCGGGGACAGGCAUGGCUUCUACGCCUGCCUCGGCAGCAUCGGCACCGAAUAACGCGAAUCAUCAUCAGUUACAAAACUCAGCAAGUGGUCUCAACUCAAACUCCUCGUCCUCGUCCGUCCCGUCGACUGGCACGAACGCCGGAAGUCAGUCGUCGUCGUCUUCGUCAUCGUCGUUGUCGUCGUCCUCUUCGUCAUCCUCAUCCUCAUCGUCCUCUUCUUGUGGGGUGAAUUCAACGCGUUCCAACAGUCCCGGUAGCGGCAGUGGCAGCGCGAACGGCACCGGCAGCGCGAACGGGGCCGGUAACGCAAACGGUACCGCAUCUGUAGUCACCGGUAAUAAGCAAGCGUCGGGUGUGAACGUGAGCGGCGUAAACGCCGUCCACGCUAACGCCGGUAAUCCCGGCAAGAUGGCCGUUGAACAUUCGGCCACCGUCGACAAGGGCCUCAAGAUGAAGAUCAAGCGAACGAAGCCCGGUACCAAGACCAGCGAAGCCAAACACGAGAUUGUUAAGUCGAACGAGAUCAACGGAACCGUCUCGUCGCAAGACUCGAACAACGGCACCGCUGCCUCCUCAACGUCCUCGUCCUCGGCCGUCGGCUCGACGUCCGCGUCGGCCGCGGUAACACAAAACUCACAAAAUUCGGAAUGCGGCGCGGCCGGCGGCGGUCAGUCCUCUUCGUCGAAUAAGUCGAAGCCGAGCCAUUCGCCGGCAUCCGCUGGCGGCACCGGUGCCGCGCCCUCGUCCACCGCUGGCUCGAAACGUGGUUCGAGCGGUCAUAGGCGUGACAAAGCACGAGACAAGCACGAAAAACCGCAGAGCAAUCAUACCCCCCAGCAAACGAAACCAGAGAUGAACGGUACCGCGCGACCGACACCGCAGGGUCAAAAUUCGGCCGGUGGUGCGACGCAGUCUCAGGGCCCAACGCCGGCCGCCACGGCGCCACAACAGACCCAGGGACCACCGCCCAGUUCGAGGACAGGUUUCUCCGUAUCACAAGGCCCCGGGCCACCCGCGACCAGCGCGGCGGCACCCUGUCCGCCGCCGAGUCCGGCGAGCGCCACGGCGGCCGGCGCGGCGGCCAAACCGGAACAAACCAAGGUCGCCGCGGUGCCGGGUCCACCGCUCACGACACCCGCCGAGGAAGCAAUGGACACUGCCGCUAGUCCUCCGCCUGCGAAAAAAAUGAAGACGGAACCAAAGGACAUGUCCGACGUAUGCGUUGGAACCAGCGUGGGGACCAUCACGGAACCGGAGUGUUUGGGACCCUGCGAGCCCGGUACCUCCGUCACCCUCGAGGGCAUCGUUUGGCACGAGACCGAAGGAGGUGUACUAGUAGUAAAUGUUACGUGGAGGGGUAAGACGUACGUCGGGACGUUGCUGGACUGCACACGUCAUGACUGGGCGCCACCACGUUUCUGUGACUCGCCAACUAGCGAUCUGGAUGCCCGCACGCCUAAGGGUCGCGGUAAGCGCGGCCGCGCCGCGGCCAACUCCACGCCCGGCAACGACCUGAGUAACUUCACAGAGACGAGGAGUUCCGUGCACAGUAAGCUGCGCAACGGCGGUAAGGGUCGUCGGGGCGCACAGGGUUCACCUGCGGCUAGUCCGAGCCCAGCGGCAUUCGUGCCGCCACGACCAGAUCCGGCGGCGAAGCGGAAGUCGCGCGGACCCGAGGAGGAACAGGACAAGAACAAGCGACGGGCGCCGCCACCGACGCCACCCAGCGGUUCACCACCUGCUAGUCCAGUAUUGCUCGAAUGUCCCGAGCCGAACUGCAGUAAAAAGUACAAACACAUUAACGGACUCAAAUACCAUCAGAGCCACGCGCAUGGCUCUGCCGACGACGAUGACACCAAGGAAGGUAUCACCAGUAUGUCGGAAAAUGAUGAGAGCAAUAUCGAAGCUCCAAGCCCUGCCACGCCAGUGAAGUCCCCUCCACGAGUCCCAUCACCCAGCAUAGAACCGCCUACGCCUGUGCUUGCGGACAAAAGCAUCGUCAAGCCGGGCGUACUCAGGUUCGGCCAGGACGAUCUUCCGGCGCCCACUUCUACGGCGCCAUCGAGGCAGCAGCAGCAAUCUGUGCAGCAGCAACAGCAACAACAACAACAACAACAGAAUCAGUCGUCUUUAGUCUCGUCAAAUCCGCCCCAAAGCCCCAGUCCCCAUCCCAGUCAGUCCCCCAGGCCUGUGCCUUCGCCACAUCCAAGUACGAAUAUUCCCCAGCCCCUCAACAUCCCGCAGCCACCGCAACCGUCUCAGAUGCAACAAUCGCAUCAAUCGCAGAAUCCUCUUCUGCAACAACCGCAGCCAUCGUUGCAGCAAGUCGGCCAACCGCCUCAACAGCAGCUACAACCUGUCAGCAGUCAGCAGCAGCAACAGCAGCAGCAGCAGCAGCAGCAGCAGCAGCAGCAACAACAACAAUUGCAGUCAUCGGUUCAACAACAGCUGCCGCCGGCGCAUCAAUUGCAAUCGGUGCAGCAUCCCUUGUCAGCUCAGUUGGGUCAGCCCGCGCAGGCCCAUGUGGUGCAGCCGUCUGGAUUACAGCAACAGGCCAGUCUACAAAGUAUAGCCAGUCAGCACGCGGGUUUGCAGAAUCUUGCAAAUCAAGUGUCGCAACAGGCAGCGGGUUUACAGACGGCACCGCCACCACCAAGUCAUCCAGGUCAGGGCGUGCAAUCGCACUUGCAACAGUACCCAACUGCGGUGUCGUUGCACGCUGCUGCGACGAAGAUGCCACAGUUCAAGGUAAAACCUACGGCUGCGCUGAUGCCAGAGCAGGACAAGAGCAAAACGAGCGCGGAUGCACGUGCUCCCAAACCACAGAGCUACAAGAAAAAAUCGCGAAAAUCACCCGGUGGCAGUCCGCACCCAUCGCCUCUCGAGGCGCCGAUCGUCGAUUCGGCGCGCGAUGAUGUACAAAGCCCGGCCUACUCGGACAUAUCGGAUGACGCAGCGCCAGUGCUCGAGGCCGAACCGGUAGACAAGUCCAAACAGAGUCAAGAAAAAGACAACAAGGCCACGGUGCCAGCGCAUCUGCCUGCGCAUUUCAGUAUGUAUCAGUACUAUGGUCAGCCGCCUUACCUGGUGUCCAACGUUCCGGACAGCAAACCGGUGGUAGAUCAGAAGCCGAGCGAUCUUACGCCCAAGCAGGAGAUAAAACCGCUCAACAUACCGCAGAUGCCUUCGAUGGCGAGCUUGCAGAGUGUCGUGUCGGAAAAAGAGAAGAAAGAACUGAGCCAACCUGUACCGCAGCCGCAACAGCAGCCGCACUAUUAUGGUGGUUACGGUGGUUAUAUGCCACCAGGCUACGCCUACCAGCCACCGCAGCCGGUUUCGCAACAGCAGCAACAGAGUCAGCAGUCGCAGGAUCAGGAGUCGCAUGAACAGAAGACUAAGAUUAAGCAGGAGCCACAGCCACAGCCGAGUCUGAAAGACAAACAACACGAAAAUCAUCAGAUACUCAAGGAGAGUAUCGAGAUGAAGAGUCAGAUGAGUCCGUACCACGUUUAUCACAGUUCGCAGAGUCAACGAGCGGCACCGCCGCCACCUCCUCCGGGACCUGUUCAAGAUGACAGGAGGUAUUAUCUGUAUCCGAGUGAACAAAGGAGAAAAGAGGAAUCAAACAAACAGAAUCAACAAGCAAAGGCGCCACCGCCUAGUCCAAAGCAUCAGCCGAAGCAAGAAAAACCACAGGAUCUCGGAAAGAGCGAAGACUCAAAGAGCAAGCAGGAGGGCGUAAAGCCGACGAUGGAGACUCAGGGACCGCCGCCGCCGCCUACCUCGCAGUACGCUUAUAUUCAUCCCAGUUAUAUGCAGCCACAGCAUUAUGGUGCGCUGCCAUUCGAUCCAGGUCACCCAGUCUACCGCGGCCUCAGCCCCAUGCUGGUGCCCGGUCCAUAUUCGAGUAACCCCUAUCUUCACCAGCUGCCUAGGUAUCACGCGCCGGAGGAUCUUAGUCGGCCACCCGGCGGCAAAGCGCUGGACUUGCUCCAACACCACGCUAAUCAGUAUUACUCGGCGCACAAGAUACAUGAGCUUCAGGAGCGCGCGCUCAAAUCACCGACGCCCAAGACUUCUGCAGCGUCCGCCAGCCCAUCUUCGGCGGGUCCGACCCCCGCCCGACCCCCCAGUGGUCCGCCUACGUCAGUUGCAGGCCCGGGCCCACCUCCGGGCCAAGGUCAGCAGCCAUCCGGCAAACAGCAGGGUCAACCGGGUAGUCAGCAGCAGCAACAAGGUGCGGUGGAUGCCAGCGGUGGGAGCCUUGGCAAGGAUAACAGAUCGCCGCCUCCACAGAGACACGUGCACACGCAUCAUCACACUCACGUGGGCCUCGGGUAUCCCUUGUUGACGGGACAGUACCCCGCCCCCUACGGAGCGGCAGUGCUGGCGAGUCAGCAGGCCGCCGCGGUAGCCGCCUCGGUGAUCUCGCCAUUCCCACCCAAGUGACCCGCGGCCCCCGCCCCCGUCCUGCCCGGCGGAACCGCCGGGGGCAACUCUGCCGCACAGGCCCACCACACGCAUCCGGCGGCGGCGAGCGGCACGCCCGGUGCGGGACAUCCGCACGGCACCGCCGCCGGUGGCGGCAGGCAACCGUAGGAGACAUGGACACGAGCGAGCGAGCGGUGUAGCCAAUACUGAACAGGAUGCCGCGUGUAUUUUCAAUGCAUACUGCAUUGUAUGCCUGGAUUAGGACCAAGGAGAAACCAGUAAAGAAAAGUUGACGACGGCCGGAUUAGGAUCAAAAUGUAGCCGGUAAAGAAGCCGGGAUGUUCUUUACCUCUGUACCGCCCGUUCUCUCGAUGUCGUUUGAAAUUGGGAUCUCAGAAAAGCUAGUUGAAACGUUAGGACCACGAAGCGAUGACCAAGAUGACGGGUGCUAUCGUUCCUCUUCUCAACAACGGUUCAAGUAUUAGGGAUUGAAGACUAGAUGAAAUAUUAAAACUCCUAUGUGAUAGUCAAGAAAAGAGGAAUGGGAAUAGUGUGCUGUUCAUUUACUUGAUAACGCUAACUGGAACUUUAGGGCAAUGUGAUACAUGGUGCUCUAUAUGGUAUUAUUCAUGUCCCUGUGAACUAGGCUGAAUUAGGAAUUCUAUAUAUGCAAGCAAACUGUAAAUCAGUGAUUAGUGAUGAUAUUAGAAGGAAUCAGGAAGAUUGAUGGAUCACGAAGAUUCACGACUUUUUAAAUCAGGCGCACAUGCGGAAAGUACUAUAUGUAUAUCGAUUUUAGAGGACGUGAGAAAGAUAAGAGACUGAACUCGAUUCGACGCACAAAUACGUUGUCCAUAUUCUCGGACAGAGUUGUUUCUGAUCAAUCUGAACAGUUAGUAGUAGGCUUGACGAGACAAUCGUGAGUAAGCAAUCCUUUGGAUGUAUCGAACUAUCGGAGCGAUGCUCACGCGAUGAGAGGACGAAUUUCCUCCUAUCAUACUCCCCAAGUAUCGUGACGCCACAUAUGUCCAUUGCGGAUUCACGAUUCUCGCGCAGACAAAACCAGUUUGCUGGAUAUCCUUCUUCGUGUACAUAGUGUAUAUCUAAGGAACACGCGCCGCAUAAUGUACAGACGCCUUCAGUUAGUGUAAGAAUAAGUGAUUAGGAACUCGAUCUCAGCCCGUAAACUGAGACCUGUAAAGUUUCGAGGGGUACGAUCUAUCUCAUGAGAUGAGGGUCCUCGAGCGGGAUCGAGUGAAAGAUUGCCUCGUUUCGGUGGACUGGAUACGCUCAGUGCCAUCCAAAAAAAAAUCAUUGAUUCCUCGUUUGACAUGUGCUGAUUCUGGGUAACACUCGGUUUCUCUUUUCUUUCUAGUGUCUAGAUCUAAACAGACCUUGUGGGACCGGUAGCUCGGAAUGGAACGGAGAAUUGCAGAUCCGGGAAGUAUUAACUAAACGACAUUCGGGACCCGAAGUUAGGAUAGGCUGAGGGAGGUCCGUGCGAUCCAUCCAUCGGAACGAGGCGUGGAAGAUGCGCGACGACGAGGUUCGCGAGGAAGCAGGCGUCUCGUUAGACUGAAGCACGCGAGGACGAACGGCACUGUCGGCGUUCUUGCGUCCACGGGGCCGCGCUGGCAAAAAUUGCGGCGAGCAUGGAUUAAUGCGUGCCGAGUGCGAGCGCGGUUCCGCCCCCGACUCUCAGAUUCGAGCGUAUGUGUCGAGGCGAGGUGAAAUUUUUAUCGAGCGUAGAGAAGCUUAAGAGCGUGCGAGCGAGCGCGUGUAGAUGUGUGUGUGUGUGUGUGUGCAUAUAUAUAUAAGAGAGAAAGAGAGACAAAAAAAAAUAUAUAUAUAACGAUUAUAUAUAGGGUAUACGAGAGAUGUAAGAGAGUAGCGAAUCACGUGCGUCGACUGCCUUGUACAAGCAUAAUGCAUGCGUGUGGAUGUGCGUGCGUAUAGAUUCCGUAUCGAUGUAUUUUAUUGUAAAGAAAUAAGAAUUUAGGCGUGCGCAACUUCGAUUUUUGUAGAGAAAUUGUAUAACUUUGCUGAUAACUUAUCUCUUAGGGAAAUGAAGAAUUCAUAAUUGUGUGUUGAUCGAUCGCUAAAUGCCGAUAAACGCGACCAGAGGGAACUCGUCUUUAGGCAUGAACGAUUUAUAAAAUCACAAGGAAGAAGAAAAAUGAAAAAACGAGGCGACACGUAAUGCGUUGAUUCUAAAUAAUUAAGUGGCGUUAAGUGACUGUAAAUUCGAUUCUAGAACGCUAUUUGUUUACUAAAGUAAUGGUAGCCAGUGAUGCGCGAGAGCUAGGGGGAGAAAAAAAAAGGGACAAGGGGUUGAGGAGAAGUGCAGGGGCGAGGUCUGUAGAGUGAAGUAAAUAGGAGGAGCGAAACGUAUAAUUACGUAUGCAUACGCAACUAUAUAUAUAUGUAUCUAUAAACUACAUAAUAUUUGUUCAGUAACUACUAUCGUCAUCCAUUUUAUAUAUAUUAUAUGCGAUUAUUGAUUAUUAAUUAUAUUAUUUUAUUACUAUCGUCAGUGUGACGUAAGGUAGGGAGAAAUAAGAGGAAAAAAAGAGAAGAGAAAGAUAACGGCGGUGCGAGAAAUUUUUAUUAGGCAGCGUUUCGCAAAUGCCAAAUCAAAAGAUAUGGCUAAAGAUAUGAUACGGUUGACAUUUCAGGGGAGAAAAAAGAUAUUUAAUAAAAUGAAGGAAUGGAGGAGCAGGGCAAAACAUAAUCAUCCAUUUUGCCGAAUGUAAGCGAAACCGCGAUAGAGAAGCGCGCGCGCACGCACCUAUGUGAGCGAGAGGAUGUACGUAUAAAUGUUUUAUGAAUAACUUUGUUUGUAUAUGCAUCUUUGUGUAUGUGUGCGCGUGUAUUGUGUGCGUAUAUGCGAAUGAAUGAGAGAAAUAAAAAAUGAAUCGCUUCAGUUUAGUGGGGCGCCCAGCGGACGAAGGGGUGGGCUUUAAAAAAAAUAAAUGCUGGUGCUGCUCUGUGAUUUUUAUUAAAAAAAAGCAAAUAAAAGGAAAAGAAGAAUCCGAGAAAGAAAGAGUACACGAAACGAUCGAGGGACUCGAUAUUCUACGAGAUCUCCAUAAGUAUAAAAGAAAUAUUUAAAAAGUGUGAAAAAAGAAUAAGAAGCAACACGCAGAGAGAUAGCUUGAGUACCUGGAUUCUGCCCUGGUCCGCGUCUGCCUCCGUGAGCGAAGGUGCAAAAGAAAGAAAAAAAAGUGAGUGAGUGAGUGAGUGAGUGAGUGAGUGAGAGAGAGAGAGAGAGAGAGAGAGAGAGAGAGAGAGAAAUAAGAAAUAGAGAAUGUGAGAAUAAAAGAAGAAGAAUGUACGAGUGCGCCGCGUCGUUUCACUCAACUGUACAGGCUGUAAAAUGUAUUCGCUUUCAGUAAGCAAGGAAAAAAGAAUUUUAAUAUAGAUCGUUAAUCGCUAAUUAGGGGAUAUACGUAGAGGGAGAAAGAUAUGAGGAGAGAAAGAUGGUGAGAGUCAUCGUCGUCUCUCGUAAGCUCAAAGAGCUUUAUUGCACCUUCACGUGAAUCGCACAUUACUGAAAGACAGGUUACAACUUUGUGGAUUAGAUGGUCGGUCUUCGCUACCCUUGCACUCCUCCUGUCGGCCCCCGCUCGCCCCGUGGGAAUGAGAAACCCCUUGGGACGCGCAACUCGCCCGAGUGUAAUAGAGAGCGUAUGUAAUUAGCAAUUGGAGACAACCUCCGUGUCCGAGAAUACGACACUGUAGCGAGUACUACAUAUAUUUGCCAGGACGUUGCAUAAUCGAUCGUGAGAGUAUCAGAUGAGAAAGAAGAAAGAGUGAACAAGAAGAAGAAAGUAAGAGAAAAGGAAGAGAAAAAUCGUGUGAAACAAAAGGGUUGAAUUAUAUAUAGAUGCGCGUAUGCAUGUAUGUACGUAUAACAGAGGUAUGAGAGUGGAUAGAAGCGAAUGGUAAACGAUGCUAAGAGAACUGAGACAUAUAACAUAAUAAACAAGGACCCUUAUUCUCGUCUCCUUUUUUUAGAAUGAUAAAAAUAGUGAGUCGUUACGCUUUAUAUAUUAUACAUCUCGAGUAUAUGAAUAUACGAGUAAACAUAACGUACAGAGAAGCAGGUGCAGAAGAAGAAAAAAAACAUGCAGGCAUCUUGUCGUUAAAUUGUAAGAUAUUGUGUUCAAACUCCAGAAUGUACUCUGAUCCCCCUUCCUCAGACUACUAUAUAUUAAAUAUAUUGUGCACUAUGCUCCAACUUGUCCAUACAAAUAAAUAUAUUCAAAAAUCUCAAA